GUGACUGAAUUCACGUGAGAGAGAAUUUAUAAACAUGGUGUUUAAUUUAAUGUUUAUUAUUACUGUUAUUAUUACUGAAUAAGCGUGUAGAAAAUGACCGAGCUUGACCCCCUCAUUAAUCGUGGCGCUGCGGAUUCAUUUUACGAUAGGGUGGUUCGUCCAUCGUUGGCCGAAUUUUUCGGAACCACCGUCUUUGUAUUCAUUGGGUGUAUGGCUGUCCAAACUCAGGAUGUAGGACCUAUCGCUAUUGCGCAUGGACUGACCAUAGCUGUCCUUAUUGCAGGACUUGGGAAAAUUAGUGGCGGUCACAUUAACCCUGUUGUAACACUUGGGGUAACGCUGUCGGGGGGAAUGUUUUUUGUUGCCAGCAUCUUUUACUUUUUGGCUCAGCUACUGGGAGGCAUGGUGGGCGCAGCCUUUGUUCUGGCAGUCCUACCUGAAAAUGUGUAUAAAAAUAUAACUGGUGGAGCGCAUACGCUAGGAAGUGACGUAGAACCAGGCUGGGCGAUACUAGCUGAGGGAAUACUAACCUUCCUAUUGGUGUUCACCGUCCUAUUGACUGCUGUAGAUGACAAGAAGAAUAAAUUAGCUCCCUUAGCUAUCGGAUUUUCCGUGGUUGUAGACAUUAUUGCAGGUGCCAAAACAACUGGGGCCUCUAUGAAUCCAGCUAGAAGCUUUGGACCCGCUGUUGCUUACUCUAAAUAUGGGGACGUGAAUGUUUGGGAACAUCAUUAUGUAUACUGGGUGGGUCCUAUAUGUGGAGCAGGUGUGGCAGCUAUUUUAUAUAAGAUGCUUUUUGCUACCGGAAACAGGAGACUCUACAUUGAACGUUUUGACCCAAAGACUGUCACUGUGCACCGAGUCGAACGCUUUCUCAAAAGCCACAAAAUGGAUGUACAAGGUAACAUUCCACUCGUUGACUUGCUCCAGGAUGUUCCUGAGGAUGAAGAUCUGAUUGACAGUCCCUCUCCCUCUCCGAAACCCUGCCUGCUCUUUCCUAAGGAUGUGGUCACUUCUGACCUGUAUUCUGUUGAUGGGGAUUCUGCUGAGUGCUUUGUUGAUGAGUCCCUUGGUCCAUUCUUUGGGCAGCUUCUCCUCCAUCCAUAUCUGGUCAAAGGUGUACUUCAGUUCUUGACUGGUCUGAUCGAGAUGGCUGAGGGGAACACGGCCGUUAACCAGGAACCACCUGUUUCUACUUUUUUUGACAAAGUUGUUCGUCCUGUCCUAGCCGAGUUCAUCGGAACUACACUUUAUGUAUUUAUUGUAUGUUUAUAUCCUGCAGCAUAUGGAAUCAUGUCAGGUAUCUUACAGGGGUUUGCAUAUGUUUUCCUCAUUGCAGGACUAGGAAAGAUCAGUGGUGGACAUUUCAACCCAGCCAUUACGGCUGCCGUGACUUUGUGUGGAGGUGUGCCCUUCCUUGUUGCACUAUGCUAUUUCUUAGCUCAGAUGAUCGGAGGCCUGAUUGGAGCAGCCCUAGUUCUUGGUAUUUUAUCAAGAAGUAACUACGAAUUACGCCUUGGUGGAGCCACAGUACUGAGAAGUGGGACGGAGCCCGGCUGGGGAGUUUUGACGGAGGCCAUUCUGACGUUUAUGCUAAUUUUGACCGUAUUAAUGACAACAAUGGACGAAAAGAAACACAAACUGGCACCUUUAGCGAUUGGUUUCGCCAUCACAGUGGGAGCAAUGGCAGGAUUAACUGUGACCGGUGGAUCGAUGAAUCCAGCAAGAAGUUUGGGUCCGGCUGUUUCCACUUUGAAAUAUGAUAUUGAUGGGGUUUGGGAAUAUCACUACAUCUACUGGGUUGGACCUUUUGUUGGUCUACUGGUAGCAACUCUCAUUUAUAGGUAA